CAACUUAGUGUAGAUGCUGAAAGUAUUAUAACUUCGUUUAAAGGACAACAGCUUAGCAUGGAUAGUUCGUGGUGCUCCUUGAUUUCCAUAGAAUCUCUGGUGGUGCCCAGUACGCCGAUGGGCUUGCCUGGACUAGACUUAGGUCCUGUGCCAAAGAAAGCCAGGAUGAGUGAAUCCAAGCAGGAGAAUUCAGCGCCCCUGGAAACAGCUAGUGUCUAUAAGGAACAGGCAGCCCAGUUCCAAUCCCUACAAGCGAAGGUACGACCGCACCAGCCUGGUGCAGUGGUAGUCCAGCCACCCAAGCGACUGCCUCCCGAGGCGGAAACCGAUCGCCGGAUGUAUGUACCCCACUUGGACCAGGCCAUCACCCAUCGGGAUGUGUUCAAUUUCUUCAGCAGUUUCGGGGACUUGGAGAGGGUUUGCGUGAAGAACGGCACGGAUAACUUGAACUACGCCAUGGUGCUUUUCUGUCGCACUCGCUCCAUGGAGCAGGCCAUCAAAUCGAAUCCACAUCUGAUCAAGGGACACCAACUGAACGGUCGCAAGGCGAAAGAAAAAUCUACAAACAAGGGAAGUCAACAGAUAAAUAAGCCAAAGUCUACAAUUACGCAGCUACUUAAGGCUCCUGUAAUGCAGGCACAGAAAGAUGACUCCAAACGAGCUGGCCACCAUACUUUGGAGAAGCAUUCAAAGUCAACACGUUACAGGUCGUUGCUUCUUCAAAAAUUGGUAGAACCCAACUCUAUAAAGCUGGUAACCGCCAGCAAAACUGAUAGAAACUAUGCUUAUGCAGUAACCAUGCUGGAUGAAGUCUCCCGCUGGAGUUUCAACUUGUCCAAAUCCAUACCCAGUUUAGACGAGAUGAGGGCACUGGAAAAGGGCCUUUCCAGAUCGGCAAAGCUCCUACUGAGGAUGCGAAAGAAACUGGCCGCAGUGCCCCACCAAUUUGCAAUACAAGAGGCUCCAAAUUGUCCACAAACUCCACCAAGUAGUAAAGCUGUACCAAAAGAUGAUGAAGAAGUUGCACCUCCAGCACCUCUUGCCUCCGAUCCAAUGCUCCCAUCCUUGCCGCUCCUACUGACCAUCACCCCUCAAGUGCCUCUGCCCAAAUCGGUUAUUCCCGAAUUGGCCAAGCCAGAUCUGCGCUCCGUUGUGCUAUCCAGUUUGGGUCAGAACUACGUCCAUCACUGCUACACAAAUGUGGAAGCUUAUCGGCGGACCAAGAACUACAUCGACCUACUGCCCUGUGAGAUGAUAGAGCGACCCAGUAUUGGGAAGUAUGUGGAUCAGAUGUACGCAGGCAAAUAGUAGGAAUCUCCAAAUGCACAUCAAAUCAUAUCAUAUAGUUAAGCAACACUUCCCAACAAACUUCUAAAAACACUUUCAUUAAGAUCUCCAAAUGCACAUCAUAUCAUAUAGUUAAGCAACAUUUCCCAGCAAACUUCUAAGAACACUUUCAUUAAGAGGAAAUGGCUUGCAUUACACAAGUUUGACACUUUUCAAAUUGGGCGAACCCGAAGGAUGUGACUUAGAUUCCAGGAAGAUAUCAAAGGAGCUGCUUGAAUGAAACGUGAACAUAUUACACAAAAAGUUAAUUCCUCUCGCAUUUGAAACCCACCAAACCAAAGGCACUUGAAUCGCAGCAACCUGUCAACAUAAUUAAUCCCCGGGAUCAGCUGAUGGCGGUACUGCCCCUGCCCAAAUGAUCCACAAAAUAUGAACGAACAAUUCAUAAGGGGCCCGGGAAUGCGUUAUAAAGGAGAUGAAAUAGGGGGCCUUGAUUUCUGUAGCGGCCUCUGUGUUUUGCCCGACAUUCCCAAGGAUGUGCCUCCAAAAACCUGGCUUUCUUGUUGCUGGGCCGUGUUAAUUGUCCAACAUUGUGAUCGUGGACGUGAACAGGUCGGUCGGGUGCCAUUAACAAUCUUAACAACGAUUCACUGGCACAACCACGGCGAUCCCACGGCUUGUCGCCUUGUUUCUCGAGCGUUUUUUUAUGCCAUUUACGGUGAAAUCUUGCAACAAAUCAGGAGCUCCCUUUUUCCAAACACUACUUGUCUUCCUUUUUCUGCUGGCCAUCUCUGUGAACCUGUGACGACGCAAUUCUUUGCCAUUAUCAGCUGCAUCCUUACAGGUCCUGCACUAGUUGUCCGCUCCCGCUCCAGCUCUCGAUUCCGAUCCCGAUCCCGACCCGAUUCAAUUUGGCUUUUAUUGGGAUCUCGGGCAUCCCUAUCCUAAUUGCGGUGGCAAUAGCUCGGCGGUUAAUCACUCUGUACCUGCGGCUUAGACAGUCAAACCCAGCAGUCACUCAUCGCGGCGGAGGCGGAUAUACAUAUAGCAGACCUACACAUCUACACCAAAUAAAUGGGUAUAUGGUCCUGCAAAUGGAUCGACCUCGAUGAUUUUCACCAGCCAAAUUGCGGCUUUGUGUUGCCUUUUUCCCAUUUGCCGGUGGAUACAUUUGGGCUGGAUCGUUAUCUGGUUCUCUUUGUGCUUUCAAGGUUUAUGGUCUAGUACACAUACAUAUAUUUCCUGUGAGAAACAAAUCCCAGUCCUGAUGACCCCCGUAAACCCGGCGAACAUGGAACAUCCCGACUAACAGCAAAACAACAUUGGUGUAUUCCUUCCACUAAGUAUUCGAAUUCCCCUUCCAUGUUUUUGGGGCGAUCGUGUACUCGCGGCCUAAAAAAUCUACAUAAUGACAGGGCCAUGCCGAAAACUAGUUCAAAUCGCAAAUUACGAACCGGUAAGGGAUGGGAUGAGAUAUACAACGUACUCUAUGAACGCACUAGCUGUGUGUGUUGCAGUUCCCAUUCAGGACACUCGCUCGGGACAUCGAGACAUCGGGACAGGACAUCAAGCGCAACGGGAGACGCGGCAGUUGAGGUUCGGCAAAGGUCAUGUCAGGACUUUGCAUAAAAUAUUUGAAAAUGUUUUCAUUAUGGUAAGUAGACACAAAAGCCCAACACACGAGCGAUUCCCACCGAAAGGGGUGUCCUUUCCCAGCCCAUCCUGCGCCCAGGAUCCUGGCAUAUAUUGGUGAUAAAUUAGUUUAAUGUUCGAAGCACCAAAAAAAGAACACACUCAACCGCAGCUGAGGCGGCAAAGCUUGGCUGGAAAAAUCGACCAACCAUUUUUGGCGGCAUUUUCCCCGACAUGUACGUGUCCACCGAAAUGAACUCGAGUCCUGGCAACUAAUGAACUGCGCAAACAAUGGGUAAUACUUUGAGGAAAAAACUACGUAAAAAUCACGUCUUGUACAUUUUCACAUCGCUGAUUUUAAAUGGAAAAGUACACCUCUGGAGCUGGACAGUGCAGGCCAAACAGGAUCAAACAGCGUUGAGGACAUGACACAAUUGCAGUUCGCAAUGUGCAAUGUGUCCCUGCAACUCGGUGUCUCUGGAUUUCGAAGUCGAGUGCGCAGAGCCACGCCCAUUGUCCCAGAGCCCAACUAUAGUAUAUUCUAUAUAGUACAGUGCGAUUCGUGAAUGAGGCGACCAGAGUUACGAGUUACUUUGAAUAGCGGCGGCGGUGGCAAGUGGAUCAGAUCCUGCGACAAUGGCCAUUGUGUCCUUUGUGUGCCGCCUUGUUGGGGGUGUGCAGUGUUGUUGCAAUUUUAGUGUAAUUUUAUUGUUAUUAAUUGUAUGAAAUGGGUUUUUAAAUGGCCUUUGUCUAGG